CUCGUGUCUAACAACACCUUCGUCUGACCAGCAUGACCGCAAACGCUUCGCAUAUUGGCAGCGCGCCCACAAGUGCGACUCAAGACGUGCGAGCGGCUAUAGGAGCCAUGAACAUUGAUCUGGACCACGUGUAACUCAUGGGCCCGGUUGCGGUCUUUGUAAGAUGCUCAAUGCAGAUGCGGUGUUGCAGACAAGAGUCGUUCAAGAGACUUCAUGACAGUACAGCAAAUGUGCAGGUCUCUGGUCCUACCACCUAUGACAUUGAGCAAGACGUGAACAUCUUGCGCAGCCAAGUCAGAGAUUCGCACGCUUCAAUGGAGCAGGAAAUACACAGAUUGGACAAGUUUGCGCACGAGGAAGUGAAGAAGCAGGCCUACGCCAGCUUGCAGGAGGAUCUCCUCGAGUUCAUCAAAGAGGCCGUCCGGAGUCAAGUUAGACAGCAGGUCGAUAUCCAGAUCCAGGAGCAAAUACCCAUCAGUUUGAAGCAGCAAUCUUCCGUGAAUCAGUCGCAAGUCCAGGACGCAAGAACAUCUCUGAACAACUCAGAUGCAAGAAAGAAGAACUCUUUGCUCAGGAUCCAGAAUCUCGACGAGGAACUGUCCGUGAUUCUGCGGGCUGAUGGAUCGAAGGGCAGUCUGUUCCCCGCGAACUUGAGGUCUCUGCUUUCGUAUGACGCGGAAAAUAUGCAGAAACUGGUGCAGGAAUACGCUUUGCCUGUGGAUCCCGUGAGGGAGGUUAACACCAACAAAUUUUUGGGAUAUAUCGGUAUCCCCUUUCAACUUGUACUGUGAUAAGAGACGGCUUCUUUUCUGCUAAGAGAUAAGUAUUACAGAGGAGCGAAGAAAUUUUGAUUGCAAUUGAACUUGAUAGACAACAUAUUCGAAUGAGCCGCGGGAUUCGCUGCUGAGAUGGUGGAUUAUGCGAAUCAAGGUCAACGUCACAGCGUGACCCUGCGCGACCGCACCUCUCUUGCUCGCUUUCACCACUGUUGAUAUAAGUACGUAUGCCUCUUUGUCUUGGCUAUCAAAAUCAUUUCUCCCCAUCUCUCUGGCGCUAUCUGUGGAAAUAUCGCUUACGGGUGACAUAUCGAAGCAUACUUAUCACUAACGCGCCAAGAAUGAAGAUUCCGUUUCCACAUGGUGACUGACACUGGCACACGACCGUGGUCCUCCUCAAAAGUCCUCAAUCCAUCAGAGAUCAUCCUCGCAAUCUCUCGCAAUCAUAGCGCUCUCGCAGAUCUGGAGAUUUGACUAGUUCAACGGGAAGAACGAACAAGCGAUUGGUGUCUGGGGAGUCGGUCUUGGUGCCUAUAUAGCCCUUCUUUUUCGCAUGAUGUUACUGUCCUUCGGCCCUGGAGCUUCUCUCUCCCUCCUCUCCCAAGCACAGACCAAUGGCAGGACUGCAAUCCGACGUAGGCGUCAUCGCUGCUGAGGCUGAGGCUGUCGGCCACAAACGUGCAUAUGACGAGAAGGCAUCAUAUAGCGAGCCGGAGGAGGAAUACGUUGAUCCCAAAGACGACCCUCAUGCUGGCCUGGUCUUUCCGACCGAGGAGGAGCUAGCCACGCUGCGUCGUGUUGCUGACACCAUGCCUUGGAGUGCUUACCUCAUCGCCGCUGUGGAGGGCGCUGAGCGGUUCUCAUUCUACGGAGCUAGUGUCGUCUUCACCAACUUCAUCCAGCACAAACUGCCCAAGGACUCUCGGACUGGUGCUGGCGGACCACAUGGCCAAUCUGGGGCCUUGGGCAAGGGGCAGCAAACUUCGACCGGUAUUGGUACAUUCUACCAGUUCUGGUGUUAUAUUACCCCUCUCUUGGGAGCGUAUAUCGCCGACGCUCAUUGGGGCCGUUACAAGACCAUUCUUGUGGCAGUCUUCAUCGCUCUGCUCGGACAUAUCAUCAUGAUCAUAUCCGCUGUGCCCACCGUCCUGGAACACCCGAAUUCGGCCUUUGGCGUCUUCAUUCUCUCUCAGAUUGUGACAGGCCUCGGAACUGGUCUCUUCAAGGCAAACAUCUCUCCGUUGGUUGCUGAGCAGUACCGCCGCACCAAGCCGUUCGUUGUGACCACCUCCGGUGGAGAGCGCGUUAUCUGCGACCCGACGAUGACUGUGUCCCGGAUGUACAUGUACUUCUACCUGUUCAUCAACGUAGGCGCCCUUGUUGGUCAGAUCACUAUGGCCUAUUCAGAGAAGUACGUCGGUUUCUGGCUGUCGUUCACUCUCCCCACGGUUAUCUUCUUGUUCUGCCCAAUCAUUCUUCUGGGCGCCCGGCACAAGUACCGCCACUCUCCCCCGACAGGUUCUAUCCUCGCCACCUUCAUGAAAAUGUUUGCUUUCGCUGCCAAGGGCAAGUUCUCCGCCAGCCCCAUUGCCACCUGGAAGAACUUGACCAGCCCUGACUUCUGGGAAAGCGUCAAGCCAAGCAACGUUGCCGUUGAGUCGCGGCCGGCCUGGAUGACAUUCGACGACAAGUGGGUCGACGAGGUUUCUCGAGGAAUCAAAGCGUGCUGGGUGUUCCUGUGGUAUCCCAUUUACUGGUUGACCUACAACCAGUUGAACAACAAUUUGACUUCGCAAGCCGGAUCCAUGAACACCCAUGGCCUCCCGAACGACGUCUUGUCCAAUUUGGACCCGCUCGCGCUCAUCAUCUUUAUUCCCAUUUGUGAUCGUGUGAUCUACCCCGCUCUCCAGCGGGCCGGCUUCAACUUCACGGCUCUGAAGAAGGUUACCGCCGGCUUUUUCACUGGUGCUGCGGCUAUGGCUUGGGCUGCCGUUGUCCAGCACUACAUCUACAAGCGUUCUCCUUGUGGUUAUAACGCUACGACUUGUGCCGAUGCCGACGGAAACGUCAUCCCCGCACCGCUCAAUGUGUGGAUCCAAACCGGAUCGUACGUGCUGGUCGCUUUCUCGGAAAUUCUCGCGUCUAUCACUGGACUCGAGUAUGCCUUCACCAAGGCUCCGAGGAACAUGCGCUCUCUCGUCAUGUCUGUCUUCCUUUUCACUUCCGCCAUCUCUGCAGCGAUCGGAGAAGCGUUUGUGGCGAUCUCGACCGACCCUCUGCUUGUCUGGAACUACGGCUCCAUGGGUGUCAUCGCCACCGUGGCUGGAGCGCUCUUCUGGUUGCACAUCCGCAGCAUCGAUGCUCGCGAGGACGAACUCAACCGGCUUGCAACCGGGACCCUUGAUGCGAAAGUGCCCGUCAAAGAGGUGUAGCCGUAUAGCACUUUGUAAUGUUACAUUUACCUGGGUGAUGAAUUUUAUGACGCGAUGUCUUGUAUGUA